AUGCCCUUGCAUUCAAGACGUUAUGACGUAAUCGACGAAAUCAACGAAACGAUUGAUACAGCCAAGGAAAAGGAGUUGAAAAUUAUGAAAAGUAGUGGCUUAAUCAAGCAUUUUCUAUGCUUUGCUAUACUGUCUGCCUUAAUCUAUGAUGUCAAAUCUGCCUCUUGCCCAGCAAAUGAAUGCUGUAAUGGCAACAACGUGACCUCGCAGUCAGGCAUUAAGAGUUGCUCUUGCGAUCCGAAUUACACGGGCCAAUACUGCGAUAAAAGACUAGAAAUUGCUCCAGUCAUUCAAGUAUUUGGUGCAAAUGGUUUGCAAGGAAGUAACAUUGCUAUAAAUUGUUUCCUUAUAACUACGAAUAAUGGAAUGGGCGAUGUUUCAACAACAGUCAAUUUUACUUGGGUAAUUGACGAUAAAACUGUAUCAGAACUUAAACUUUUAAGUAUCGCAUAUCCAAGUCCGUAUCAGAUAGCUAAAUGUAUAGCAGCUAACAAAAUCGGUUCUACAUCUGCUCAAAUUAAUAUUACAGUCAUUGCUCAAGGUUCUUCCAUUUGUCAAAGCGACAAUUAUAAGGAUGUAGUAUGGCAAAUCUCUCGUCCAACCUCUACAACUUCACAAAAGUGCCCGUAUCAAGCAAUCGGUACCGCUACACGUCGCUGUAUUUAUUUCGGUAAUAAUUCACAUGGAUGGGAGGAACCUAAUUUUUUAAACUGUAUUAGAGGACAGCUUAUGCUCCUAAACUCCUGGAUUAAGAAUUCAUCCAGUUCAAUUCGAGCAAGCGCAAUAAAUCAAAUUAUUAAUAGUCUAGGGCCAGCACUAACCUAUACAAAGGCGAUGCCCUUAUUAACUGGAGAUUUAAAUACAGCAACCAAUAUUAUACAGGGGCUAUCGUCUCUAGCGACAAAUUACAGUGCAACCCAAUCAAUGUCCAUAGCUACAGCUGUUCAAAAUAUCAUAAACGCUGACAAUGCUAAUGGAUGGAGCUAUAUCACUAAGCAAGCAAAUAGCGCAAGGCUCGCCACCUUAAUUCAGAGUUUAAACGAUAUUGGACUUAAAACUAACUUUUCUGGCCAAUCUUUAGCCAUAAAUAAGAAUACCUAUCUUAUAAAAAUCACUAAAGUAGCCGCCUCUAAAUUUUCUUCAUUACAAAAUCUAUGGCCAGUAGUUCGUACUGAUCUUGAUUCCAGCAUAGAAUUAAGUGCCGAGAAUGAACUAGCCAUGCUAUCGGAAGUAGUAUCAGCGACUACCUUACCCAAAAUCUCUAAUACAACUCUCAGCAAUAUCUACAUCAACUAUCAACACUUCCAAACUAACGUUACAAUCAGUACAACUUCAAUUAUUUGUGCAUAUUUCGAUAUCACAAGCGGUAAAUGGAACAACAAAACUUGCUCAAGAGUUAAAGAUAAUGUGACCAAUCCUAAAACAUCCAGAUGUGACUGCAACGCAUUUGGUGUUUAUGGUUUAUUAUAUAUUAAACCAAAACAAAUUAUUGCUCCAAUUUACUUUACACUUCCGACAACAUUCCCAUGCUUUGCAGUUGGCAUUGGUGGUAGCUUAGUCACCCUCAUUAUUCAUAUUGUCUUAGCUAUCCGUAGCCGAGGAAGAAAAAGUAUUUCAUCAAUAAACUUAUGCUUUACUACAUUCGCCGCCAGCAUAUUGAUUAUUGUUGGCCCAUUUCUGCAACUUAUUAAUGUUAAAGUUAAUUGGGCAAGUUUUUGCUUACCUGUUGCUAUUACCACCCAUGAUCUCGCUUUGAUUGCGUCGAUGGCGACAAUUGUUGAAGUCCACUUUCAUAUGAAUGGCGUAAUCAAUGCUAAAUCCAAAGUGAAUGAACUGGGUUUAGUACUCUUAUCCUACGGAAUCCCUGGUAUGAUUGUUGGACCUAUUGCAGGAGCUUUUUCAAGAAUUUAUGUUAAUCCGCAAACAAAACAUAUCAUACUGUUACUGAUACUGAUGAUUUCCAUGUUUGGAGCUUAUAUUAUUACCGGUUUAAACUAUCGACAGAAGUUGGAUGAAAUAUUUUUCUACAUUUUUGACGUUUUAAUUGCCUUACAGGGUAUCACCCUUUUCAUACUGUGCAUUUUUACUAGCUUAAAGGUCAGCUUUAAACCUUAA